AUGUCUGUUCAAGAAAGAGAUGAGUUUCUAAAAGCAGCAAAGUCCGGAACAACAAUACGGUAUGAUUGUAGAGUUAUGAUCGUAGGCGAAAAUGGAGUUGGAAAGACAUGUUUAUUGCGGAGAUUGAUGAAUGAAAAGAUAGAUGAUGUGCUAAGCACAGAUGGAAUCAAUAUAUUAAGAAGGAAAUGCCAGAUUAAUAUACAGUCUGGUGAAUGGCAAUUUCCUACCGAAGGAAAGAUUACCAAGGGUGUUACCAAGGGUGUUACCAAGGGUGUUACCAAGGAUGGUCAAGAACUACAACUUUCUUCGUCUGGUCAAAGCGAAGAAUUUGCAGACUGUGGUUUUUGGGAUUUUGCAGGACAAAAGGAAUUCUAUGCAACACACCAGACCUUUCUCUGUACAAAUGCUGUUUACCUCUUGGUUGUAGAUAUAUCCAGAGAUUUCAAGACUAAAACAUUUAAUAAUAUGAUAGAAAAAGAAUUCAAUAACGUUGGAGAAUAUAUUGACUUCUGGCUUGAUAACAUACACUGCUAUAGUAUAGACGAUACGAAUAUGUCAAGGCACUACAAUGAAGAUGGCUUAAUAAAUCCACCUGUCAUAAUAGUUUGUACAGGGAUCGACAAAAUCAAAGAGUCAGAGAGAGACAAUAGGAUACAACUAUUUCAAGAUCAUCUGAAUGAAGAUCUUAAUGUUAAUGAUAAACGCAGACAUAUUCGAAAAGUACAUAUCUUAUCAAACAAAUUUCCAAAAGAUUAUGUACAGGAAUUUCAAAGGCUACGCGAAAAUAUUUUUUCUGAGGCCAAGGCUUUAGAUAAUUGGGGAGACCAGCUUCCAACCCGAUGGAUAGUUCUAGAAAAGGAAAUGUACAUGAGAAAAGAGAAACACGUCCUUACGUAUACUGAUGCUAAAGAAUUGGCAAAGGAAUGUGCAUUUCCUGAUGUCGCAAAAACAACUUCUGAACUCGAAUCUUUUCUCAAGUAUGAACACGAUAUUGGAAAUAUCAUAUUUUUUAAAGACCUAAAUAAUUUCAUAGUAUUAGAUCCGGAAUGGUUGGCAAACGUAUUUAGAUGUUUCGUCUCACAUCAAUAUAAAGAUGAGUUAAUUGGUAUGCCAGAAUGGGCAAUUCUUACAAAAACAGGCAUGUUGAAAGAAAACUUGAUCAAUACGUUAUUAAAAAAACUUCCGAGUUUGACGUCAACAGAGCAUAAAGUAUUUAUACUAAAAUUAAUGGAAAAAUUUGACAUCAUUGUACGACCGAAAAAUGAUGAAUACAAACAACAUAUGUAUAUGCCAUGCAUGAUCAAACCUAUGCCUUUCAAAGACAUUUAUGGAAAGAAUAAUAUUGAAAAUUGCAAAUAUUCCUCUUGGUUUUGUCUUGUAUUCAACUUUUUACCACCGUCAUAUUUUAAUCAUAUUUUAGUUAGCUUUGUGAAAAGCAAACAGUUAGUUUUUGAUGAAAAAGAUAAGAAGCUGGGUAUAUAUCGCAAUAUUGGAAUUUUUAAUCUAAAUGACACUGGUAGUGAAAUACUUGUCAUUUGCCUCUCAAAAAAUUUAAUUGCUAUGCAAGUAAGACAGUUGAAAAAUGAAGAUGUUUGUUAUAGUUACGUAAAAAAACAACUGAUAAGUGUUGUUGAUUCAAUUAAGCAAAGAUAUCGAAUUAAUGUAUUCUACAAAAUACGAUUUAAAUGUCAAGAUGGAAGUCUAUUAGAUAAUAAUGGAAUUGGUUAUGAUGAAGCAAUAGAAAAAAAUGAAUAUCGAUGUACAGAUCAUGACGAAAUGCAUUCUAGCAAAGACAUAUACAGAUCUUGGUUAAAGAAACCUAAAACAGGGAUUAUGCCCCUUACAAAAAGGUCAAAUCUCUUCGGUCAAAAUGUAACAAAGUUGCGCCUGAAUGACCCAAAUAUUUUCCACUAUACAACACUUCUGAAAGUAUUAAGGUUGCUGAGAUGA